UAUGUGCGCCGUAGCAACAGUAUUCAUGUCCAUAUUCCUGAAGAAGAACAUUUAAAACAGGUUGGCUGUUUUCAGUCGUUAAUUCAAAGUUACGAAAGUAGACAUAUUGAAUUACAAACGUUCACACUGAUACAUUAUUAAAACUAUUAAUAUUACUACGGCUGAUGGGGGCACAUGAUGUAGAGUUUCUGCCAGAUAGGACUCAAUUAACAAGGAGCCAGGCUAACCAAGUUAGCCAUCGUCACAUAGUGGCUGUACAGGGCUUGACAUCAAACGAAGGUUGAGAGUCACAUCAUUAACAUUCAAGUAUGAUUUGAAAAAGCUAAUUUAUCAUAUCAUUGUUGUUGCUCGCGUGUAUAGAUGGCAGUAAUUCAACUAGCCUGUGCCAAGGACAGUCACUGGAUAAAAGUGAAAUGAAUGCAAUACCUCACAUACGCCACACAGACAAAUUCCACACAGAUUCUGUAAUCACAGAUGAGCUCUGUAUGCUUCACAUCGACCUAGACACAAUCGAAGAAGACAGGGAGUCUAACAGAGAAAACUCAGAACAAUCUUGUGUCCUGUCUGUUGACCAGAAAAAUGUCCUCAGGAAGCAGCGGCAUUGGGAGAGGAGCCUGGCGUCGAAAAGGAGCAAAAGGCGUGAUGAGAAGACAAAGAGGAAACAGAACCGCACUGAUGUGGACAACCCCCAGUUUAGCAAACGUGUCACAAAGGCAAUCACCAAGGAGCGUUUAGCAGAGGCACAGACUUCGGGACCCAAACUGUGCUUAGACCUGAGCAUGACAGACAACAUGUCAGACAAGGAAAUAAGCCGUCUCGCUAGUCAGAUAAGGAGGCUGUACGGCUCCAAUCGUAAGGCAACUCGGCCCUUCCAUCUCUACCUGGCAGCCCUGAGCCAGGACAGCCGAUUGUACAGGGAGUGUCUCAGGAUGAACGAUGGCUUCCAUAGCUACGUGAUGGACGUGACCGAGGUGAGCUGCCUGGAUUUGUUUCCUCCUGAGAACGUGACCUACCUCACACCAGAUGCUGAAGAAGCCUUGGAGAGAAUAGAACCAGACAAAGUGUACGUUCUCGGUGGUCUUGUGGAUGAAAGUAUUCAGAGGAAGAUCACUUACAUGAGGGCCAAGGAACUGAACGUGCGGACAGCCAGACUGCCCAUAGAUGAGUACAUGGUGAAGAAGGAAAACCCCAAAAACUUUUACUCAAAGAUUCUCUCCAUUAAUCAAGUGUUGGACAUCCUGUUGACAUUAAGAGACACUGGCAGCUGGAUCAAAGCUCUUCAGGCUUGGUUUCCUCCAGGGAAGGGCUUUGUUGUUGCUCCUGAGGCUGCUAAUCAUUCCGUAUAACGGCAAGACAUGAAUGUCAAGGGUACAUAAGUUUCAGUAUUUUUCAUUGUUUUUAGUUAUGAACGCAGUACGAAAAUACUACUGGUAAUGGGUUUUGUAAUUGAGGAGUUUUCUCGUACGUAGGUAUACUUUUGCAUGGCUGUGUGCAUGCACAUACACCUGCACUGUCAUUUGCAGCUGGAUCACCUGUACUGUUAAAAUGCCUGACAGCUAGGAUUGUAGCUUACUUUUUUAAGACCAAAUGUACGGACCCCUUUACAAGUGCAGGACAGAUUUAAUUUAAUUUGAUUUGUUAGAUGCUAAUUACAGUUUUUUUUAUUAUUGUGUUCUUGUUAUAUUCUGUGCAUCUAUGUUGUUUGAAGGAUUUUAAGUCUUUUUAAAAAAUCCACUGAAUGGAAGCUAAAAAUGUUUCGUUCUAUAAAGUUCUGUUGAAAUAAUCAAUCACUGUGUAACUGGCUGAUAGUUGUUGCAAAUCUAAUCUCAUUUAAAUGAUAUUAGUUAGCUCAGUUAGUUUUGUACCGGUCAUAUUGACUUGUGGUAAAG